UCGCAGCGGUAUUCUGGAUCGCAAAGCAUCCUCAAAACGGAGCAAAAUGCACGUGGAUUUAACCCUGGUCAAGCAGGAAGUGGACAUUGAUGACACCAAGGUCAAGUUGGAGCCGCAAGACGAUUUGCCGGGGGAAAGUUCCAUUUCUUUGCACCAUUUCAGCGCAGGCAAACCACUAAGAAUCCUUGAAGAGGGUUCGCAUAUGAUAACCGUUCCGGUACGGGAUCGUUUGGAAUCGGAGGAAGAGCGCAAAUUCAUCGAGAGCCUUCAACUCGAUCAUCAACAGUUAUUUGCGGUUCCAUCGGAUAAACCAACCCCUCAAAAUUGCGAUAUCUGCAAUUAUGAAUUUCAAAGUCAACUGGAGAUUUCGGGCCACCAAGUUAACCAUAAAAUGAACAGGCACUUCUGUCGCCUGGGAUGUGGCAUUUGGCUGGACAGCCUGGAAAAGAUCCUAGAGCAUGAAUAUCGCCAGCACUCACAUGUUUUCUGUUGUAGAGUCUGUGAUUUCUUGGCCAGGGAUGCGGACAGCCUUGCCAGCCAUAUGCAAAGACACGUUUAUGUGUAUCGCUUUGUUUGUGCCAUUUGUCGUCGUCACUUUGAUUCUAUUCAAACCCUUAAUCUGCAUAGAAAAAACGAACAAUACGUUUGCGGUAAGGUGGAGUACAUUGAGGGACUUUCCUCCAAAGCAGAACUUGUGGCAACAGGUACACCAGUUUCUGCUGAGUCGCUGUGCGAUGUGCAGAUCAAAGAGGAGACACUCAGCGAAGGAGAACGAUUGCUAUUAGGAAACAGUCAAAUAAGCGUUAAGAUGGAACCAGAAGACGAGAUGAUGCCAGAAGUUAGCAUUAAGGAGGAAAUUGAGGAACCCUCAAACAACAAUGGUUCUAUUUGGUCAUCCAUACCUAUUCCGCUCAGAAGUAAAUUGCGGUUGCCUGCUUUAGGCACUAACAAAGUGCAGCAUGGACAACCUACCUCAAAUGUAUCAGAUUUAAACAAGAAUCAAGAAACAACGGCACCGAGAAAGCCUCCAAUCGCAGCUAAUAUACUAAAAGUAUUGCCCAGCAACUGCAUGGUCAUCAAGCUGCCACCAAACACCAAAAUCAUCAGGAUGCCAGGUCAAGCUCCUGCCUCAAGGGACUCGGUAACAGUUAGUAUGAUCGACAUGGAAUCCAGCGUUCUUAAGAUUCCGCAGUCGAUUAGUAUAAGUAGAGUAAUGUCAGCAGGUAAUCCCACAGUUAAUUCCGACCCGGCUACCGUGCAGCUGGCGGCUCAGACCCACAAUCGGUCUUCCUGCUUUAACAGUGAAGCGUUCAGCAAGUCGGAGAGCCGACCCGAGUCUUUGAAAUUAAUUUCGGAGUUUCGGAAUCAAAUACGCUCCAUAGAAAAGACAUUGCCACUACCAGGAUCAGUGCUCCAAUCUUCAAAGUUGAAGAAUGCUAACCGCCCGAUACCUCCACUGAUUGCGCUUGAUGCACCGAAGCCAGUUGAACUUAUUUUCGACCAGUUGUCUUCGAAUGUGGCUAAGCAGCUGGAUGCCAAGUAUCCGCUCUUCCGUUUUAUGUGGACCUGUCCGCUAUGUCAGAUUUCAAUGGAAAAGGAAUUCGAUCUUCGCCAGCACCUGACUAGCAAUCAUGGUUUAAUCGGGAGAGCGAUAAAUAGUCUUAAAGUAAUUCUAAUGCCAUACAAAAUACUCUCACAGGAAUCCUCAAGCGCUGAACCACAAACACCGCAUGUGCCAUCGGCAAUGCCUGUGGAACCUAACCACACAGUGACUAAAUCUUCUACAGACGACAACCAGAUUGUAAAUUUACCAUCUCUGCCAAACGAAAGUUCAGCCGUUGCCCCUUUGACAGAUCAAUUAACGGCAUUGCCAAACAUUUCUGAUGGCAAUGUUUUGGCAGGCUCAAAACGAAAAACCGAUAAACCGAAGGGAUUGAAAAAGUCAAAGAAGGACCAGAAGGGUUCAUCACAGUUCCAGUGCACGGAGUGCUCUAAGACAUUUACCACUUUCGGAGCCUUGCGUAUCCACAAGUCGAUUCACACGGGGGAGUUGCCGCACAAGUGCAACUAUUGCGAUAAACGCUUUCGAACUCCUGGUCAAGUGCGAGUGCACCACCGUCGUCAUACCGGAGAAAAACCCUUUAAGUGCAAGGUCUGCUCUUUGGAUUUCACUCACCGGGAAACUCUGAUAUCUCAUCUCUCCCGUCACAUUGGGAUGAAGCGUUAUAAAUGCUAUGGCUGCGACAAAUACUUUGUAGUUGUCAGUGGCUUACGUGCUCAUCGUCGCCUCAGGCCCGACACCUGCGGCAAGGUGAAGUUUACAGCGCGAGCCCACGGUCCGCGGGUGCGGGUAAUCAGAGGGGAGGUCGUCUUUGAACAUCAUCCAGAACACAAUGGCUACCUACGCAGCGAGGAUCCGCUCAAUAUUCUGUCACAGCGCGAUCAGAUCGACUCAACCCCGGCUGAUUCGGCUAAGGGUAUUUAAUAAUUGUUACGUUUCUGUUUUCUUAAAACUUUAUUAUUGUUUACCAUUUAAACAACACGAAUUAUGAUAUAUUUUGUAUUUUUCUAAAAUGCGAUUAAAAUUAAAAAUGUUACGCAGUAGGAUAUUAGUCUUUAAGGCACAAUUGUACAAGAUAUUACCAUGAAUUUUCAUUGUCUUGUUAGACUUUAUUUACGUUUUAAUAAAGACCAUAUACAUCUA